CUGGAGGGAAACAGGCAGCCCUCCCGCAACACCUGUGCGGACUUUUAACGUGACAACACCGGGACGCACGGGGAGACGCAGCACGCGCGUCGCGCUACUUCUUCUUCUUCUUCUUCUUCUUUUUCCCGGGAGAUCCAGAGAUGAUGCCCCGUCUGCGGGGCGGCGGCGGCGGCGGCGGCGGCAGGACAACCUACACCGGCACCUUCCUGUCGGCGUGCCUGAUCUCCGCCUGCCAAGCCGCCCGGAGCUGCGGGGGGGUCCAGUGCGGCGACGGCCAGCAGUGCUGCCCCCCCGUCCUCACCGGGAACGGCAGCGCCAGCUCCGCCGUGCGCUGCUGCAAGCUCCCCAUCCACAUCUUCUUCGACAACGUCGGCUGGUUCACGCGGAAGCUGUCCGGCAUCCUGAUCCUGCUGCUGCUCUUCGCCAUGGGCUACUUCAUCCAGCGGAUCAUCUGCCCGCGGCCCCGCCGGCACCCGCACCACGACCGCGGCGAGGAGCCCUCCCUCUUCCACGGACACGCGUCCGCGUCCCAGGACUCCCUGCUGGACCGGUACCCCGAGUACAGCCUCAGCGACAUGGCAUCGCCCAGCCUGCCGGCGUACGACGAGGUCAAGUAUCUGCCCACGUACGAGGAGAGCAUGCAGGAGACGCACCGGGACCGAGACCGGGACCGGUCCGAGGAGAACUUGCUGUCGGAGAGCGAGCGGGGCGGCGCGGGCAGGGCGCGGGCGGCGGGGCCGAGGCGCGGGGACCAGAGGCGGGAUGUCCUGGAAGUACCGGCGGCGCAGCAGAGCCCAAGGACAUCUCGGAACUCAGUUUGACGGGAAACGGACAGAAAACAGG